CAUGUAAUAAUCACAUAACUCGGCAUAUUAAUUGAAAAUUGUAAACACUGAAACCAGGUCAGAUAUUGUUUACUAUCAAAUUUAAGUAUUAUAUAGCAUUAUAUUUAAGGUUUUAAAUACUUAAACAAAAGUGUCAUGGAGCUUUGAAGAAAGAUAUAAAAAUCUGAAUAAUUUACACACGCAAUUAUCUUCAGAACUUAAACAACAACUUCCAUCCUUUCCAGCUAAAAAGUUUUUUGGAAACACUGAUCCUGAGUUUAUUUCAACAAGAAAGGCUGGAUUAUAGAAUUAUUUUAAGACUUUGCUUCAAAUAGUAGAUGCAGAUUAGUGUCCAACUUUAAAGAAAUUUUUAACCAAAGGAGAACAAAAACAUAUUAAAGAUUAAUAACAACCUUUUAAAGAAGACUCUAUUAAGUAAAAUGAUAUAUAAGGUAAUGCGUCAACAAUAGAAAAAAUACAACAAUAAAAGUAAUAAGAAAAUGAGAGGAUAAAGAAAGAAUUAAAAGAAAAAUUGGCAGCUGCAACUUAAUAAAUCAAAUAAAAAUUCGUUGAUUUAGGUAGUCUAGUCAAUGCACCAGAAGAACAUGAUAUUAAAAAAAAGAGAGCAAUUUAUGAUUAAAUUCGUAUAGAACAAAAAGUAAUUAUUUAUUCUUAUUACUUAGAAUGCUUUUAUAAUAGAUAUUCCUAAACCAAGUUAAUAAUCUAAAAUGAUGAUUGCUUAAUCUACGAUAGAGCAAACAUAACCAAAAUUAAUAUAGUUGAUAUCAUAAUUACAAUCUGGAGUAGAGAGCAUAAUAGGAAUUUGAGU